AAUGUCAUCCUAAUAAUUGAUAAUGAUGUAUCAUCAAAGGAGAAUUCCGAACGCACCCGUUAACGUUUUUUACGUAUCACUAAACGUGUUCACUUGUUAAAAACAAGUCGUUAUUUUCAUGUGUUGCAUGUGUGUAUUUCAACAAAUCCAUCUGUUUAGCAACGAUAGGUCUUACAGUUCAUAGAAAUAGCUAGGUUGUAUGUCUAAUCACUUCCCGUAAGAAAAAUCUAUAACCAUCGCAUCAUUCCUUUAACAUAGAAAAAGCUUUUUGGGAUUUAACAUGACCGGAGGGAACGUAAGACAGUUAUGGUUUUGUGUUCUUGAAUGUGAGCUCGAUUUAUAGAUUUUAUGUUAAAUCAUAUAUCUAACUUAAAACGGAAAUUUGAGGCCGUGUAUCUGUUUUCCGGAUUUGUAAUCAGUUCAUUUAGAUUCCGUAGGUUGAUUUUGAAUAACUAACUGCAGCAGGCGGAACGGUGCUCUAGAACAGUACAAACAAAUAAAUCAGGAUUUUCAAUCGUGGCAAAUCAGAUUUACAUGGAAGCUCUAUUUUAAUCAGCUUUUCUUCCUUAUUUUUAUGUUGUAUGGACUAUCAAGGGAACUAAUUAAAAUGAGUUAAUUGUAAAAGAUCAGUAAGAUGUACUCGACAUGUUUAGAGAAAUAAUCCUCGCUGAAUAGCAACAACUAUGGGAGCAGUAUACGACAAAGUUUUAGAUUCAGGUGGUGAUGACAACGAAUUCGAGGUUCAGAUUGUUAGAUACAAGCCAGAGGCUAUCGAUUCAUUGUGUGAGAAGUCAAAGUUUUCCCGUAAAGAACUCCAGAUAAUGUACAGAGGCUUUAAACAGGAAUGUCCCACUGGUAUUGUUGAUGAAGAUACAUUCAAAGAGAUAUAUUCCCGUUUUUUUCCACAGGGUGAUUCUGAUUCGUAUGCUCAUUAUGUGUUUAACACGUUUGACCAUGAUGGUAACGGGACGUUAAGUUUUGAAGAAUUCGUGGUUGGACUUUCAGUGCUAGCCAGAGGAACAAUGACAGAACGAUUAGAAUGGGCUUUCAAUCUUUAUGACAUUAACGGGGAUGGAUUAAUUACGAGAGAAGAAAUGUUGAACAUUAUAUCUGCUAUCUAUGAACUAAUGGGAAGAUUCUGUGAACCUUCUGUUUAUGAAAAUACAACAAGAGAUCAUGUUGAAAUGGUGUUUAAGAAAAUGGAUUUAAAUAAAGAUGGAGUUAUAUCGUUGGAAGAAUUCAUGGAUAGCUGUCGAAAAGAUGAAAAUAUAACUAAAGGAAUGUCGAUGUUUGACACUGUUCUGUAACCCAAGAGGAAAAGUGUGUUCAUAUUAUCUUUGGAAGUCACGUGUACAGAUUGGAAAUAUUUUUAAUGUAAAUGUUAAACUCUUUCAGAUUUUAGUACUUUUUAUAUAAGACAGAAAGUAUGGUCAAACGAUUUAUCCUUAUAUCAGGAUAUUGAGCACAGGUUAAAGACAGGAUAUACCUUCAACGUCGUUAUGUAUGGAUGUAAUUGAAUGUAAUCUCAAAGAAAACAAAUCUGCUGGACUUAAAACGUUGUUUGACAAAUACACGUGCUAUAUUCUGCUGAAAUGUUGACUAUUUAAAUUUAUUCCAGUAUUUUGCCUAUAAUUGCUGUUAUCUGUUUUAACCUUACAACUAUGUGUCUUCCUCUAGCCUUGUGUAUUGUUGUUAAUGAUGAUUGUUUAUUUUGAAUACACAGGUUUUCAUGUAUUGUAACUUUAUUGAAGGUUAUUUUAAACAAUGACUAUUUUUUUAACUGAAGUAUAUUUGUUUUAACUUAAAAACCCUUAAACGUAUCAAGUAAAGUUUUCAAUGAGUUAUUAUGCGUCAUUUGAAAUAAUGUUAUAUCAGUCUGUUAUUCCUAUUUGUGUAUUUUGGUAAGAAUGUAUGUUCUAUGGAAUACAGAUCUUCAUUAUUGCAGAGUAAUUGUUUGCUCUUUUUUAAUGUGUGUCGUGUCAAUAAUGAUUAAACCUAAGAUAUUCCCAGAUAUUUUGUUGCAAACCUCCUUAAAUCUCUCCAACGGCGUUAGUUGAAAGCAAUGUAAAUUUUAGGUUUAUAAAAGCUAAAACGUUACAUAUCAAUCGUUUAUCUCCUACGGCUUGAUUUAUGUAAUCUAUCAGAGACCAUUUGAUGAUUUCUGCCCAAUCAAUAUAUACUUUAAUGUCUUAAAACCUUUUAAAAUUCAAUAAUCAAGUGAAAUAUUUUGUCGUUCAUUAGAUUUUUAUGACAAUAACCCUCAGCAAUAACCAGAGGUUGAUAAGUUUUGAAAUAGGUAAUUGUAUGGUCUACCACAUGAAAACAUCACAUCAUGUUUGUUCAACAUCAUACGUUUUGUGUUUGGGAUUAAAAAAAAAUUAUAAUACAAAGCCAUACAAAUUCAAUGUCUUAGAGACUUUCAAUGUUGACAGAGCGUUAUACAUGUUAUAUAGAGUAUCAAUGUCAUAAUUGUUAAUUGUAUGCAUCGACCAACCUGCUUGGUCUUUCCAAUAUACUUAUAAUUGAGAGAUAAUUUAGAAGAAGACAAAAAUAGGAGGUAUUCGACUGGAUUAUGUCGUUCAAGCUAAUACUAGCAAUUGAAGUAUGACUUUACAGAAUUUGUGUAUGUUGUAAAGUCACAUAAGUAUAUUCGAACUUCUUUUUAUGUAAUUUUUAAACAGCAUAAAAUUGGUUAAGAAAAACGAACAUUUCUUAAUUAAAACCCCAAUUAACCAAUGAUUUGGAUAUUUUCCAAAUAUUUGUAUAUGAAAAUAUACACUUAUGAUGUGAAUUGUAUUAGUAUUUAUUUUAUGCCAGAAAUAUACCGUCUACCAACUCUGUAAAAGUAAAUACGUUUCACUCUUAUUAAAUAAAAUUUAAAUUAAAAAAAAAAUCAAGAUAUUUAACAUUAAAAUGUUAUAAAUAUUCAUGUCGAAAGGAUUAUUAUAAUAUGCACAUGUUUAAUUAUGUGGUUAAAUAUUAGGAAAUGAUAGCUAACUAACAUAUCAAUCGACUAGUUAACAACACCUUAAGACUCAUAAUUGUUGUAUCUGGAAAUAUCUAAAUAAGGAAAAGUUUGUUAAGGUAGAAGGUUAACACUAUAAGUUAGAAACGCUCGUCUGGGGAAUCAGAAUAGGAACCUGGUACCUUUAAAAACUAAUUACAAACUUUCUAUAUGAUGAACAUCAUAAUGACUCGUAGAGAAAGUAAUUUCCUCAUACAUAUACACACCUUUAUAAACAAACGAUUGCAGCCUUUGCCAACGUCCAAGUUUUAGCAGAAACAUAUUCUAUGCCCACAAAGUAUGGUGUUCACAUAUCUCAAUUGACAAGUUUCGCCAGCGCAUGUUUACAUUUUAUGGACUGAAUCAACAUGGAUGUUCCUUUCGAGAAACUGCUACAGUAGGGCCAAUAAGAGGAAAGACUGAAAUGUACCCUUGUAUAAGUUUGAGAGUCACCAUCACAACAUGGUUGACCGAUACAACGUGUCUGGUAUCUCAUCUUAAAAGGCAACCUGCUUUCGUUAUCAUAAAUGUUUUAGAUACAAGAAAAGUCGCAUGAUCUAUACUUUUACUGAUUGUGUUUUAUUCCCUAUUGUGAAACUGUUACUGAGUAUGGACUGACAUGACGGGUGAUGAACACACAGAAAGAUACGGUUAUAUGGCAGGCAAACCCCGCUUACAUUCUUUUGUAGUUUAUCGAAUAUUGUAGUUGUCAGUGGGUAUUUUUUUGGUCUUGAUUUGUUAAUUCGUAAUGGCUGAGAUCUGAACAUUGUUUAAAUAUUAUUGCCUUUAUGUCAUUCUAAUUGAGUAUGAAACCAUUUUUCUACUAAGAUAAAAAAAAAAAAAACAUCUUUAUAUCAUUCAAUAUAUUGUUCAAAGAUUAUGGAUUAAUAUGUUCUCUUCAAAGUUCAAAUCAGGAACGCAAAGUUGAUUAAUUAAAUUUAAAACAUUGCAGGUUUAUUGCUAAAAAAAAUAAUUUCUUAUACAUAUUCAACCGAAGUGAGUUACGAUUGAAAUUUCAGUCAGAAAAAAAACACCAAUAUUUUAAACGUCAUGUGUUUGUUACGUAUCAUUUUAAAUGAAUAAACCAAUUCAUGUUUUAAAUAGUUGCUUGUAAGGUUUCGUACCAUUUUUUAACAUGUGGCGUUCUUGUAUUCAUUUUAAUACUUCUUCCAACAAAGGACCAGAUGUUCAUAUUGUUGUUUAAUUGAUAUUAUAUAUUUGCAGUCAUUUAUUAAAGUAACUUUUUAUGUGUUUAAUUA